AUGGAAUCUGGAAAGGAUCAUCCGAAAAAUAACCCGGCAGUGGUUGUUGUUCCUCCGUCAGGCAGACCUCCGGAGGCCCCCUUCGCAGACCCUGCAACCGGCGCACCUAUUCAAGGCAAAGCAUUUUCUCAGACCAGCCCAGCGAAACCUAAGGCUAAUCCCUCGAAGUUUCUAGAUCCUGAAGAGAUUGACAACGUUUUUGAGCGGCAGGAGAGCCGCCUGCCAGAUUUAUGCGAAGAGGAAAAGAAAGGUUCAACUUCAAAGUAA